AUGAACGAUCUAGAACUCGGCGGACCCCUCAAAGAAUCCGCCGAGGACGCCGAGCGCACGCUGGUGCGGCGUCUUGGAAGCACUACAACGGAGGAGCAACAAGGUCUUGGAUCUCCCAGCGCCAGCGCCGCAUUCCGAAAACAGUUGCGAUCGGAAGUCGACCAGAAAUUAGCGCAUCCGCAGCCGAAGCGAUGGUGGUUCACGUCGACCGUGUUUCCGCUGAUUGCGGGAACUUUUGGACCGCUGGCGAAUCUGUUUAGUGUGUGUGCGCUGGUUAUGACUUGGAGAGUCAGGAUUCCACCGGGACAGACGGAGGCGACGGCGGAGAGGGUGCCGGAUCCUUCGUGGUUGAUCGCGGUGAAUGCUGUUUCGCUCGUGUUUGCUAUCGCGGCGAAUCUACUGCUUCUACUCAACUUUGCGCAUCGCGUCCGGUAUGCCAUCGCGCAACCGCUGACAAUCGUAUUCUGGUACAUAUCCUCGCUCCUCCUCCUCGCACUUGUAGUCGCCGCACACAAGCACCUCCGGCUCCCGCCCAAGAAUCACGCGUUCUCGCAAUCCUACUACUACGGCAUCAUUUCCGCCGCGCUCUACUUCCUGAUCUCGACACUACUCGUAUGGAAUGCGGUGGGCGCAUACCUCUUCAAGGCGUAUCCGCCAUCGUUCAUGACCCUCACCAUCCCGCAGCGCACCUUGAUGCUGCAGACGAUCUCGUACACACUCUAUCUAUCCCUAGGCGCGGGGAUCUUCAGCUCACUAGAGGGGUGGAGUUUUGUGGAUGGUGUGUACUGGGCGGAUUUAACGCUCUUAACCAUCGGCUUUGGCAGCGAUUUCAGUCCGAAGAGGCAGGUAUCACAGGGGAUCCUGAUCCCGUACGCUGUCGGUGGUGUGAUCAUGGUCGGUCUCGUCGUCGGCUCAGUCCGCGGUCUGUUCCUCGAGAGAGGGAAAAGCAAAGUCCGCAACCGCGCCAUCCACAAGGAACGCAAGAAGAUCUUGAAGGAUCUCAAGUGCUCCGACACGGACUGGAAGACCGAGUUCGAGCUUAUGCGCAGUGUGCAAGACGCAGCGAACAUGAACCGUCGCUGGUGGGGGCUCGGCACGGCGCUCAUCGCGUUCCUGAUCGUGUGGUUCGGCGGAGCGAUUGUCUUCUCGCAUUCAGAGCAGGACCAGGGUUGGACCUACUUCCAGAGUCUGUAUUUCACGUACGUCAGUCUGCUCACCAUCGGAUAUGGCGACUACUACCCGCAAAGCAACUUCGGCAAGCCCUUCUUCGUCGUCUGGUCGCUCGUGGCCAUCCCGGCGGUAACAAUCCUUAUCUCGAGCAUGGGUGACACCGUGGUCGGCUGGGUAAAACACGGCACCCUUUGGGUCGGCCAGAAAACGAUCCUUCCCGAGCGCCACGGCAAGAACAUGGAGAAGGGGCUGUCGUCGAAAUCCCCCGACCGCGUCGAGCGCGAAGCCGACGGCGAGAAAGAGCUACCCCGCGAUGUCGACCCGGAACUAUCCGGACUGCGCUCAGAUCUAUCCCACCUCGGGCACGCGAUCGAGCAUCGCGAAGAGACAGCCGAGGCGAUAGAUCCUGUCCCAGCAGAGAAAGGGAAACACCAUCUCGGCGCCAGGAUCGCGAAGGAGAUAUCCAACCUUGCUACGGAUAUUGGGAAGGAGCCGCCCAGGAAGUAUGACUGGGAUGAGUGGAAGAGUUUUUUGGAGUUGCUGGGGGAGACGGAGGAUACGGGGAAGGAACAAGAGGAAGUGGAAUGGAAAUGGCUCGGUGAUGAUGGUCCGCUCCUCAGUGCGGGCACGGAGACGGAAUGGAUUAUGGCGAGAUUAUGUGAACAUCUACAGAAGGUGCUGUUGGAGGAGAAGGAGUAG